AUGUCGAUAACGAGAACCAACUUUACAGUACGCAGCAUUUUAGAUUUGCCAGAUCAACACGAAAUGGACAAUCUUAAUCACUGGGAUCAAGGAAAUGGAAAAGUAACUCAAUCCGCUAUUAUAAGGAACGAACCAGGCCCACGACCGCAGCGAGGCUACUCUAAGCUGUCUUAUUCUGGGUGGCUUGGUUCUGACAAAAUGUCAUCUGAUGAAAGCAGCAUCGAUAGACCUUCAGAGGACCGCGUCCAAAGAAAAGUCUCGUCCUCCAUCAUGAAGAAUGAGAAGAAGAAGAAAAGACGAGUCCUAUUCUCCAAAGCACAAACGUUUGAGCUUGAGCGAAGAUUUCGACAACAACGUUACCUGUCUGCCCCUGAGCGCGAACACUUCGCACACCGUCUGAGUCUGACCCCGACUCAGGUGAAGAUCUGGUUCCAAAACCACAGGUAUAAAAUGAAGAGAGCCCGGGUAGAAGGCAGCCUGCAGUUGGAUGUAAACCAGCCUCAACUGGUUCGCAGAGUGGCAGUGCCAGUGCUGGUCAGAGAUGGCAAGCCCUGUCAUACUUGUUCCAUUACUUCCAUACAGAUCCAGGACAAGCCCGGCGACACUGUUCACCUCAGUAAUUCCUACACUGCUUUCGCGGUUCACGGCUUUCAACAGGUGCAGCAUGCUGGACCAUUCGGCGUCUUCCCGAGCUAUCAUCACCUAACACAUCCUGUAGUACGAAGACAAGAGUGGAGCUGGUGA